AAAAGAAAAAAUUAAAUUGUGAUAAAAUGGACCUUCCAUUUCAAAAAUGGAACUGGUCAUACUAGUUAAGCUUGCUCAUUGGAUUGUUUAAACGUACUUAAAAUGACUGGUUCAUCAUCACAAUUCCAACAGCUUGAGAAACUUGGGGAAGGUACCUAUGCUACUGUUUACAAAGGAAGAAACCGCACCACUGGUACUUUGGUAGCUUUAAAAGAGAUUAAUCUUGAUUCAGAAGAAGGAACUCCUUCCACUGCUAUUAGAGAAAUAUCAUUAAUGAAAGAAUUAGAUCAUGAAAAUAUAGUUUCAUUGUAUGAUGUGAUCCAUACUGAAAACAAACUUACUUUAGUUUUUGAAUUUAUGGAUAAGGAUUUAAAGAGAUAUAUGGAAGUUUAUGGAAAUCAAGGUGCGCUUGAUUUAAAACUUGUUAAAUCUUUCAUGUUUCAAUUAUUGAAAGGGAUAAUGUUUUGUCAUGAUAAUAGAGUAUUACAUAGGGAUUUAAAACCUCAAAAUUUAUUAAUCAAUAAUAAAGGUGAAUUAAAAUUAGGUGAUUUUGGUUUAGCUAGAGCUUUUGGAAUUCCAUUUAACACUUUCUCAAAUGAAGUUGUUACUUUAUGGUAUAGAGCUCCUGAUGUAUUAUUGGGUUCAAGAGCUUAUACUACUUCUAUAGAUAUUUGGUCUGCUGGUUGUAUCUUUGCUGAAAUGUGUACUGGUAAACCAUUAUUCCCAGGUACUGCCAAUGAUGAUCAAUUAAUUAAAAUAUUCAGAUUAAUGGGUACACCAAAUGAAAGAACUUGGCCCGGAAUCUCUCAAUAUGCUAAUUAUAAAAGUAAUUGGCAAAUAUUUGUCCCUCAAGAUUUAAGAUUGAUUGUACCAAAUUUGGAUUUAAUGGGAUUAAAUUUAUUACAAAGUUUAUUACAAAUGAGACCAGAAGCAAGAAUAACGGCAAGACAAGCAUUACAACAUCCAUGGUUCCAUGAAAUCACACAACCAAACUCAAUGAUACAACAACAUCACUUGGCUGAUCCAUAUCAACAGCAAGUACAGCAAACAGCAGACUAUUGAUCGGGCCACUUAAUUCUAAUUCUAAUUUUCUUUUAUAAAUAAAUAUAUUA